AACAAAUUAGGUGAAGAAAUGGCUUCAUAUCAAUGUUAAAUUCAAGAUAAUUGAAUACUUCACUCUUGUAAAUCAAUAUAAAUAUAAAUAGAUUUUUUACCAUAGUCAUUCAUAUGUCUCUCAUAAAAGACUUUAUUCUUCUCUUCUCAUAGAAAAUCACUAAGCAUUUGAAAAGAAAGUUCCCCAUACAUCACCCAGAAUUUUUUAAAAAAUGGCAAAAAUUCUUUUGACUUUGUUUGCCCUGGCUUUAAUUUUAGGCCAAACAAAUGCAGUUAUUCAAUGUGGUACUGAUGUUGCACCAAAAUUAAUUUCUUGUUUUACUUUUUUGCUAGGCCGAGCUACAUCACCUAGUCAAGAUUGUUGUGUUGGAUUGCAAGGAUUGGCUAAAACGGGUAUUACCUCACAAUCUGACCGCAAAGAUAUUUGCAUGUGCAUCAGAACUGCAACUCAAACCUUCGCAUUUGACUAUACAAAAGCUGUAAAACUUCCUCAGCUUUGCAACUACACUAGCGCGAUAUCAAUUGAACCCAAUCUUGAUUGUUCAAAGAUUAUUUGAAGAAGUAUGAAGAAAAACAUCUAAAGGUAUAACCGAUGUAGUCUUCUGGAAGAGUGAAGAGUGGUGAAGAUAUUUUCAAUAAAAACGUUGUUAAUUCUGUUUCAAUUAAAUGAUAGAAAAUCUAAUAAAAGUUAUGUUUGACCCGUAUACAUCACAUUGCCUCAAUA